UAUUUAACCGCAUCAUUGAUUCUAUUCGUCUCUUUCGAAUCGUUCCCCUCACAGUACUUGUAAACUCAGUACUAAGCUAAGUACUCUCUACUCAUGGAGGUCGCAACUGUGGAGAACAACAAUGAAUCCAAGGACCACAGCAACAACAACAACAACAACAACAGAACCCUAUUCUCAUUCUACUCCAACUAUAUCUGGAACCGAGUACUUGCUUUCUUGCCCUCUUCUUCUUCUUCUUCUUCUUCUUCUUCAUCGGCCUCAAAUGUAUUCGCCAAAAUCUCCAAUCUCUAUCGCCAAUCCGCUCGCGUCGGCUCUCGAACUCACGGCGCUUGUCUCCCUCUCCCAUUGCCUUCCAACUCCUUCGACUCUGCUUCACUGGUUAUGUCAGACACGUCUAGAGUUUAUGAGGUUUUGGAGGAUAUUUUGGAGCACAUAAUUUUGAAUUUGCGUAUUGUUCAGAAGAAUUUGCAGUUUUGGCAAUCUAGGGCGGAGGGAUCAAAUGCUCGUAAAAUGUACUUCAUGAUUUUCGAGAGAGGGCCACUGGCUUUUAUUGAUGGAGCGGUCCAAUUGAUACGUGGAUGUGCUGAUGAGGGUUCUUCGAUGCAGCAUCUAUGCCAUUCUGCAUCAUCUCACAUAUCUGAGAGAGUAGCUGUUUUAAGUAGCUUAAGAUGUGCACUUGCUACGUUCUUGGCUCAGAUUUACAUGGAAGUUGACAGAUUUGGAGAGAAGUUAGUGAAGGAUCCUGAGAAUUCAUUGCCCUUAUUAUUGGUUACAAUUAAUGAUAUAUUUUCAAAUUUAGAGGCAUCAAUUGGACAUCUACAUGCAAUGUGUCAGAGUGUUUAUUCUGUUGAAGGGAGCUAUUCACUCCCACUAUUGUUUGAGAAGCUGCCAGGAGUAAAUCAGGAAGGAUCACAGUGGACUGACUGUGAAGUUAGAGAUGCUAUCGACUUGAUUUAUCAAAAUCUACUUAAAUUGGACUCCUAUUUAUCUGAUAUUGUUGCGAAACAUCGGAAACCUAGAAAGAUAACUUUACACUGGAUCCGCUAUACGUGUGGUGCAGUUGGCCUCUCUGUUUGUUCUAUGUGGGUCCUACGGCAUAGUAGUUUGAUGGGGAAUUCUGACAUUGACAAAUGGAUUGGUGAUGCCAGAGACUCAACAGUUAGCUUUUUCAAUGAUCAUGUUGAACAACCGCUUUUGUCAAUUAGAGAUGAACUUUUUGAGACAUUCAGGAAGAGGCACAAAGGUGUCAUGGAGCCUGAAGAAGUUCUGUUAACUUCUAAUUCUCUGCACAGAAUGUUGUUGGCGUUCAGUGAACAGACCAAAGGUCAAAAGAUCCCAGAGAAUGCUUCGGAUCAGGAACUGCUUGAAAUAGUAAUGUCCAGGUAUGAAAAGGAGCUAAUGCAUCCCGUUCAGAACCUUCUUAGUGGGGAGCUUGCUCGUGCUUUGCUUAUCCAGGUUCAGAAGCUGAAACUGGAUAUUGAGACGGCAAUGCUUGAGCUGGACCAGAUUCUUAAGGCUAAUGAAAUCAAUUUUGCUAUACUAGCUGCCUUACCAGCAUUCUUUCUCUCUCUUAUUUUGCUCAUGCUUGUGCGUACAUGGUUUAAACGGGAUACCAGAGCAGAAGGAAGGGGGAGAAUGGCUCGGGUCCAACGGAGACUGCUCAUUGUUGAGGUUGAGAAAAGGAUUGUACAGUACCAAACUUAUGUUGACCAAGGGCAGGAAAAAGAUGCGCAAUGCAUGUUUGGAUUGGUGUUAUAUAGUCUGGAUCGCCUAUAUCAUGCUGUGGAGAAGCAUGCAAAAGCAACCGGGGAAUGGCAGUGCUUGAGACAGGAUAUUAUUGAUCUGGGAAAGCCUGACCUUAAAACUACAUAUAAGCUUUUAGUGACAUCACGCCUGGAGCGGUUAUAUGACUGCUUGCUACCUUCACCGACACGUCGGUAGGACUUCAUUUUUCCGUUCGAAGUUUGUGGGUUAACUUUGCACUUUGCAUUUUAAAUAUCGGCAAUGAUUAAAAUAGCAAAUGCACUUUGCACAAUUACAGUGCCAUUUUGUAUUAUAUAUAUAUUUUUACUU